CUGUCUGAAAUCAGCGGGUUCUUUUUUCUGUUAAUGGCAGCCACGACGUUGAGCUCUACUCCAUUUCCAAUUCUACCCUCCGCAAAACCCCUAUUCUCACUUCUAUCCCACUAUUCUCAUCUCCGUCGACUCCGCCAGACGCCGCCGCCGCCGCCUCCGUAUGCCUCCCGCAGAAGACGGAAGCCGCAGCUGGAUCUCGACGCGCCUGGUUCCGUCUCCACUCAGUCGAGGAGACACAGAGGCGACUCCGACGCCGAACCUAUGUCGGAUUCUAGAUAUCGUAAAAAUGUUGCAUUGACGACCAGUUUAGAUGAAGAAAUCAUCUCGUCCGAUGACGUAUUACUAUCCAAAGAAAUAAGUCGUAGAAAUUCGACAAGAUUCUUUGGAGUUGACGUAACUGCCGACAACAUUGCGGUCGCUAUGGUAUAUUUUGUGCAAGGUGUUUUGGGUCUUUCUCGGCUUGCGGUGAAUUUCUACUUGAAAGAUGAGCUGCAGCUAGACCCUGCAGAGACAGCAAUCAUAUCUGGUAUCUCAGCGUUACCUUGGCUAGUUAAACCCCUGUAUGGAUUCAUCAGCGAUUCCAUCCCUCUUUUUGGAUACCGAAGAAGGUCUUAUUUGGUGAUUUCAGGACUUUUAGGAACUCUUUCAUGGAGUUUGAUGGCUACCUCUGUAGAUAACAAAUAUGGUGUUGCUUUAUGCACUCUUCUUGGAUCACUUUCUGUAGCAUUUUCCGAUGUAGUUGUGGACUCAAUGGUUGUAGAGAGGGCUCGCGGUGAAUCACAAAGCAUGUCCGGUUCACUUCAGUCGCUCUGCUGGGGCUCUUCGGCUUUUGGUGGCAUUGUCAGCUCCUACUUCAGUGGUUCCUUUGUGGGCGCUUACGGCGUGAGGUUUGUCUUCGGAUUAACGGCUACACUUCCUUUGAUAACCUCUGCAGUCGCCGUCCUCGUCAAAGAGCAGCCAAUACUCGCUCCGGAGAAACACCAUAAUCUAAUUUCAACGAGUUCCGGCAUUGUUGACAGCAUGAAACACAACAUCGUGGAUUUGUGGAGCGCUGUAAAGCAACCGAAUGUUUUUUUGCCAACCUUGUUUAUAUUCCUGUGGCAAGCGACGCCGCAGUCUGAUUCCGCCAUGUUCUAUUUCGCCACGAAUAAACUUGGAUUCACCCCCGAGUUUCUGGGGCGUGUGAAGCUCGUAACUUCUGUGGCAUCCCUGCUCGGCGUUGGUGCUUAUAAUAGCUUCUUAAAGAAUGUACCUUUGCGGAAAAUCUUUCUCUCCACGACCAUUAUUGGUUCAGCUCUUGGAAUGACUCAAGUUUUGCUCGUCACAGGAUUGAACCGGAAACUAGGCAUAAGCGAUGAAUGGUUUGCGAUGGGCGACUCGUUGAUUAUAACCGUUCUCAGUCAGGUAUCGUUCAUGCCCGUCCUCGUAUUAGCAGCAAGAAUAUGCCCGGAGGGCAUGGAAGCGACGCUCUUCGCAACCCUCAUGUCCAUAUCAAACGGUGGAGGCGUCCUCGGGGGAUUGAUCGGAGCUGGACUAACUCAGCUCUUCGGCGUCACAAAGGAUGAAUUCGACAAUUUAUCUUCUCUGAUUAUUUUUUGCAAUCUCAGUUCCCUACUGCCUCUCCCUCUCCUCGGUCUCCUUCCUCAGCGCAUAUCCGACGCUGAUUUGAAGGAGCACGACGAUGCUGGACUAUAAAAUCCAGCUGAGUAGCUUUGGACCUCACGGUGAGUAGUCUUUCGGUUAUACGAGCAUUGCAUUUGAUUCUCUCCAUAUGCAUAUAUUAACUAACAUGUCGAUGGAUCGUAGAUUAGUUCUCUCUCUCUCUCUCUCUCUCUCUAUAUAUAUAUAUAUAUCGAAAUGAUGAUCUAGAUCAUACAUAGAGUAGGCGCUCCCCGAGCGCAAAAUAUAUUGACAUUUUAUACAUAGAGUAGGCGCUCGCGCUCCUCGAGCGCAAAAUAUAUUGUCAUUUUAUACGUAGAGUAGGCGCUCCUCGAGCGCAAAGUAAAUUGACAUUUUAUACAGGGUAGGCGCUCCUCGAGCGUAACAUAUAUUGGACAUUUUACACAGAGUAGGCGCCCCUUGAGCGUAAAAUAUAUUGACAUUUUAUACGUAUAGUGAGUCCUCCCUGAGCGCAAAAUUUAUUGACAUUUUAUACAUAGAGUAGGCGCUCCUUGAACGCAAAAUUCAUACACUAUAUAUAUAGAGAGAGAAUAGUUGCUCCUCGAGCUUAAAAUAUAUCCAUAUUUUUGUGUAUUAUAGAAGCGCUUUUUCAUUAGAAUAUACAUGGGAGAUGUUGAUGUAGGGAAUUUAUGUUUGUGUUAGUAGCUCUAAGGCGUAUCGCUAGAAUAUCGGUGUAUAAUAUUAUUUUGCGUACUUUAUAACGGUAUUAAAACUAUUUUUUAUAGGUGUGCUAUAUAAACAUAUCUUAUGUACUAAGAUCAAUGGUGAUACGUGCUAUAUGAACUAUUCAUAUGUUAAUUUGUUUGGUGUAUUUGUAUUAAGUAUAUGACUAUAAACUAUGUACUGCUAACUUAUGAUGUAAUCCCUUCCUCUGGUAACAAGAGUUAUAUUUA